GGUAGAUCAGCCCAUGAUCAGAUGACUGAACCCCGGAGGAAACUAUUUAAAACUCUAAUGAGCGCCUUGACGCUCGUUCAUACAUUUUUUGCGUUGGUCACCGGAGUGAGGCCGCAUCGCACCAUAUCGACCAGCCACGGACCGUCCGAUCAAGACGCACCAAAGCCGUUUUUUCGUAGUCUUUUUGUGCCUCCGCCAUCACACAAAGGCGCUUUUAAAACAAAAAAAACCUCGGCUUUCAAAUGAAUCAUAAAACCCACUGGCUGUGGAUUCUUCUGCUGUGCGCUGCUGCCUUUACGCAGGGACAAAACGGUGGAGAUGAGUCACCAACUGUGAGUGUCGAUGCCACCGUCAAGUACAACAUGAGGAAGAGUUUGGAUCUGGACCAGAAGGGCUGCUACCUAAAUGCUGGAAACAAGGACUGUCUGCAAGAGUGCGGCUUCAACGCCACAGCCAAGACCAUCUUCAUCAUCCACGGCUGGACAAUGAGCGGUAUGUUUGAGAGCUGGAUGCACAAACUGGUGGCCGCCGUCAUGAAGCGUGAGACCGAGGCCAAUGUGGUUGUAGUGGACUGGAUCUCCAUGGCCCAGCAGCUGUACCAAGAUGCCGUCAACUACACACACACCGUCGGCAAGGACAUCGCCACCAUGCUCGACUGGCUUCAGGAUGAGCUGGAUUUGCCUCUGGAGAAGGUGCACCUGAUUGGUUACAGUCUCGGGGCUCACGUCGCGGGAUAUGCUGGUACACAUGUGCGAGGAUCCGUGGGGAGAAUCACAGGUUUGGACCCAGCGGGGCCGAUGUUUGAGGGCGUGGAGCAGGAGAAGCGCCUUUCCCCGGAUGAUGCCGACUUUGUGGACGUCCUCCACACGUACAACCGCGAAGCUUUAGGAGUGAGCAUCGGGAUCCAACAGCCCAUCGGGGAUGUGGACAUCUACCCCAACGGAGGCGAAAUCCAACCCGGGUGCUCAUUGGGCGACGUGCUGGCCAUGGCUGGAAGUAAGUCGGGCUGGAAAUCGGUGAGCUUGACUCCCUUCGUCCAUCUGUUUUUAAUGCCGGUGUCCUCCACCUUCCUCGAUCCAGACUUCAUGGAAGUGAUUAAAUGCGAGCACGAGCGAGCUGUCCACCUUUUUGUUGACUCGCUGAUGAACCGGGACCACGUGAGCUUCGCGUACCAGUGCACUGACCCGGACCGCUUCAAGAAGGGCAUCUGCCUGAGCUGCCGCAAAAACCGCUGCAACAACAUUGGCUACGAGGCCCGCAAGAUGCGCAAGAGACGCAACAGCAAAAUGUACCUGAAGACGCGUGCCGACACUCCCUUUGGAGGUUACCACUACCAGAUGAAGAUGCACGUGUUCAACAGGAAGCAGGCGGACAACGCGGACCCGAUAUUCCACGUCAAGUUGAUCGGCGCUCAUAAUGACACGGAAGACAUCUUUGUUGACGUGCACGACAAUUCCAUCGGCUUGAACUUGACCAACACCUUCUUGGUGUUCACCGAACAAGACAUCGGCGACCUGCUAAGGAUCCACCUGAGUUGGGAAGGUGACGCCGAGUCCUUGUACUCUGUGUGGAGGAAGAUCAAGAAGAGCUUCUGGGCCUGGAAUCCCAAUCCUUCCAAACCGGUGCUGGAGGUGCGACGGAUUCGCGUGAAAGCUGGAGAAACUCAGAAGAAGUUUACCUUCUGUGCCCAGGACCCGUUGAAAACCGAAAUUUCACCCGGUGAAUCGCUAACGUUUGUCAAGUGUCGCGACGGCUGGGAAGUGAAACCAAGAAAACGGCUGCCAUUGUAAGGCCCCGACGCUUCUUACAAAUUGAUGCACCAUGACCACGGGGACCCAACAUUGCUAAAGCAACAUCGCUUUAUCUGAGCACUUUUUCAAACGGAGGUGGAAGGAUCAGCGCACAGUGGGAGAGGUUUGAGGUGUCGGACAUUUUAAAGUGCACCUGAAAUUGUUGGUUCCUGGAAACUUGGAGCUCUUGCUCUUGCCUUGAGAGGCCAGGCAGGGAACUGAGGUCAAUGCGGUCUUUGGAAGAUCACUCGAGAGUUACGGAAUGUUCUUUUAAAUGAGGUAGAAUGUCUGUCAGUGGAAAUACACCAGCUAUUGUAGUCUCUGUACUGUACAUUUUAAAUGUGUCUUUUUUUUUAAUUUAUGGAAAACAAAAUUGAAGCACUGCAAGACCAAUGUUAUUUAUCAUAGCACAUCCCAUAAUGGAGUCGAAUGGUUUCUUAGAUGCAGUAAUUGUAUGUCUGGGGUGACUGACCAACAAGUGUGCCUUUCUGCUGCUGAAUGAGAUUACUGAUACACUGUACAUUUGGAAGCGGUCCCGAUCACAUUGCACAUGACUGUUUUUGUGCAGAGUGUUACUGUAUGUUCUGUGGGGUGUGUUUCUGUACAUAAUGUAAAUAACCUUUUUUGGAAAUAAAACAAAUUUACCUGUUAUUUCUAUUAA